CAUCAAGUUGUAAACGUGCUUGUCAGCAACAUCAGCAACGUUCAGCGUCUCAGGCGUAUGCGAAGCUCGUCCGAGAGCAGUGAAGCUGACGAUGAGUUGACUGACUUGCUGGAAACUGUGGCUCCCGAGAAAGCCCUUGAACAAGAACAAGAAGAACAGCCCGAUGUUUCAAGCGUGGAAGAGGCAGCUGUCACGUCUGGAGCAAUGGCUGGCAACAGUGCCCGACCGGUUUGGACCGGACAAGAUCCCAGAAGACCUCGAAGAACUGACUGCACUUGUUAACUCUCACAGUGACUUCCUUGACCAGAGCCGCAGGUACAAGCUCCUCCUGGAUUGGCUUCAAGCGCAGAGGAUCAGAGAUUCUCAUCUACAGAAGAGGCUCAAGGCCGCCACUGUACAGUGGGACACGGUAUGCCAGAAUGCAUGGAACUACCAGGAGCGUCUGCGCUGGGCAUUGCUGCGCUGUCCGCACUACAGCAGCGCCCUUCAGCAGCUGGCUCUGUGGAUGAUCGCCACCAGGAAAUGGCUCAAGGGUCGGGACAAGGACGCCAACCUGCCACCACGGCUCCUGGUUGCCCGCUACCGCCAGAUCCUGGUGCUGCAAGACCAGUUGCACCGGUUCCUGCCGCGGCUAACGGCACUGAACACCAUCCAAGAGUCCAUGCCCACGUGCGAGGGUGACUCCGAUGCCAGACAGUCCCGCGAGCAAAAGAAGACCAAGGAGGCGAGCGACGUGCUUGCCCUUUUGCAGUCCCUGUUGGCACUGUGUGCAAUCCGAGCCGGUGCCCUUCGCAAGGACCUGCUCCAGUCCGACCUAAUACCGCAUGAUCCAAGCCUUGAAGAAGAGAUAAUUCCAUUCACAAUGGAAGCCCAGCAGUCAGGCGCGGCGGCCGAGCCGCUGUUCCUGGCCGAGCUGGACGACGACCACGGGUCGGCGCGCCCCUGGUCGUCGCUGUUCUGGGGCCGCGUGGCGCGCACCGCACUGCCCAUCCAGCUGCUCCUUCUUGUACUGCUGGGCGCGGCCAGCCUGCUGCCCAUGUCCGAGCAGGACUUUAGCUGCGUGCUCACCAACAACUUCGCCCGCUCGCUGGACCCCAUGCUGCGGUACCCACAGGGACCGCCGCCCGUCUGAGUCGCCAGAUCGUGUCAUCCGUGUGACGCGCGUCCACCAUCUUGUCCGCGCGGCGGACUAAUUCAUUGUGUCUAUAGUGGAUGUGUGCGGUGUGCUUAAGAGGGGAACAAAAGAAAAAGAUGGAAUACGUUGGCUCGAGUAUUGAAUUCGCGUCCUCUGAGUUGGGUGGUAAAGAAAAGCGUUAGUCAAUAGUGCAGGUCAUUUCGAUUCCCUAUGCUGCCCUGAGGGAGUUUUAGUGAAACGACCAACGGACAAGAACUUUAGCAACAAUCGACGGUCAAAGACUUAGCGUGUUGCGCUACUAAGCACGAGAUCGCGGGUUCGAUUACAUGCCGCGGCGACCGCAUUCUGAUGGAGGCGGAAUUUUAUCUCUACUAUCUACAGGACGGUGUACUUGGCUUAACGGGCUGCUAUCAGCAAUUUUUUUCUUGGCCGGAAAAAGAAUUGAUGUUAGCAACCAUGGUAGCGCUAAGUCGCAUCGGGAAGCUGUUGUUAAUUUUUGUUUUUGUAAUUUGGUAAGCUCAAAUUGUGUAUAUUAAUUCUCUAUUAUAGAGCCGCCUCAACCGGCGUCAGCGCCGCCACAUUCUUUUUUUUUUUUUUACCCUUUUGCACACCGCACACGCCGAGAAUAACGCUUAACAUUACUCGACCUUGUACGGUGCAAUACGCUAGGGUGUUUUAGCGGACCGCUAAUCCAGUGCUCGUUUUGGUUGCUGGUACGGUCGCCGAGUUUAUACGCAUGCGUGGACGCCUGGGAGCUGGGGUAUAUCGCGCGUUUUUCAUGCCAGCUCCCAGCCCAUGCAGAUAGCCGUGAAUGGAUUUCCAGUUCGCAAAAGCUCCCUAUAUCGUCAUUCGCCCGUUACAUUUAUGCCUUCUGAUACGCUGUGAUACGAGAGCAAAGGGGAGAAAAAUCAUUUAUCGCCCUGGUGUGAUGUGAUAGCGCUGCGGUAGCUGGUGCCUUUUAUAAGAGUAGCUAUACAUGUUUCAUAGGCUUCUUUUUUAUGGUUGCGUUUUCCCGGAUGUCAUCGAUAUACCUUAAUUCUUUUUUAUAGUAAAAGUGCUAUUUGUGUCGUCCUCGUCACGUUAUAUAGUCAUCUUUGUUGACGUGUAUCCUAGAAGCUUUGGCAACUUUUUUUAAGCCUCUAACCACGGGCCCCGAGAUCAUCAGCACUCGCACGCGUAGCCCGAUCUCGGAAGCCAUGCUUAAAUAGGUAUGGCGCUUAAGACAGCUGUCGCAGCUACGAAUGGUUUCUAAGCUCGCACGCUUCUUCUAACGACUCCGCUUUUUGGACAUUUUCGCGCGACAAAACCCUAUCGUGUCCCAGGGUAACGAAUUAUUACUUUUUUUUGUCAGUUUAUAUAACCUCUUUGUACAAUAGCAACUUCGACUCACAAAAGCCAGGGGUGGACUUUCGUCAUAAUAAUUCAUUCUCUGCCAGCGAUUAAAGUCCGCUGGUGUGUGUGUGUGUUCAGCAGAUAUAUAGGAUGUUGUACUUAUAACUAUGUACCCAAACUUUAUCUGUAUUUCAUUUCGGUGACUGUCAAUUGUGUAACUCGAGAUAUGCAGGUUAUUGUGUGAUGCACCUGUGUUGACAAUCGCUGCGGUAAGAGCGGUGGUGUUUGAUGAAAGAAGCGAAACUCGGAAAUAUAUGUACGUGCUGUGUUGGUAGUUUGCUUGUUUCUCAAAUCGAAAUGGAACAGUGGUUGAGUGUGCUUUUACGACGCGAAAAUUCACUAUUAUACUUUAUUUUGCGUUUCGAAAGCUAGUAUAUUUACGUGUCGUUCGUUUGUUUUAGUACAACUAUAGCGCUAAACGCUGGGUGCAGCUAAAGCGAAAAAGUGUCAAAUGUGUUCCCUCCCCUUUCUGGUGCUUGUUGAGCGUCGUUGAAAGCCUGUACAGAGAGCAAAUAAAGUGUCUCUGCCUUUUA